UUCACCCUUGGUCAGCUAACAGUAGUCAGGGGCUCCGGGACGUUCAAGUCUGUCGGCCCGUUAGUUGCGCGGCAGGCUGGCUUAGGCCACCUGGGGCCGAAGGGCUCUGGGCUGUUCCGAGGGGAUCUGGAGGCAUCAGCCCUGUGUGAGGGUGAUCGCCUCCCAGUAGGCAGCCUGUUAUUGAAGAGUUCUUUGAUGGCUUCUGUUUGCUUGGGACAGCGGGUAUCAUCAGGACUAACACAUGGCGAUGAGUGGCGUUUCAAGCUACAGGUUUUAAUUUAUGCAUUAGAAAUGGAGUCAUUGUAUCUUCAGAAGCAUCUUGGGGCAUGCCUAACUCAAGGUCUUGCAGAAGUGGCAAGAGUUCGCCCGGUGGAUCCGAUAGAAUAUUUAGCAUUGUGGAUUUACAAGUAUAAAGAAAAUAUGACUCUCGAAGAACUGAGACAGAAGGAAAUGGCCCAGCUGGAGCAUGAACGGGAGUUAGCUCUGAUGGAGCAGGAGAUGCUGGAGCGGCUCAGGGCGGAGGAGCUCCUGUUUCAGCAGCAACAGCUGGCGCUCCAGCUGGAGUUGGAAAUGCAAGAAAAGGAGAGACAGAGAGUAGAGGAACUGCAGAGAGCUCAAGAACAACUGGAGAAGGAAAUGAGAAUGGAAAGUAUCGCUAAGGGUGAGGAUAGUUUACGUUCAGAGGAAUCACUCCUAGACUCGGGCAAAACCCUAGCUGAAAUUAGCGAUCGAUAUGGAGCACCAAAUUUGAGCAGAGUGGAAGAACUUGAUGAACCAAUGCUGUCUGAUGUCGCAUUAAACAUUGAUCAAGAUUUGUAGGAUCAACGAUCCAGAGCAAGAAAAUAAAAUUUGUUUUGGCUGAUUUAAAAUUUCAAAACA